ACCGCAGCUCUCCUCUGGGGAAGUGUCUGGAGGCCCAACGAGCCCCAGACCCAGGAGGCCCAAAGAGCUGCAUCUAACUCUCAGACAGCAAGACCCCAUCGGAAGGUUGGGACCCCUGCAGAGAGCUGUGUGGCACCUCAGGCAGGGCUCCUGGUAGGAGAAAGGACUUGCGCCCAGGCAGCGGCCCAGAGGCAGCUACUCCAUGCAGAACUGAAACAGGUCCUCCAGCAGAAAGUGGAGAGGAAGCAAAAGCCUCAGGCCCAGGUGAUUCCUCGCAGAGCCAUGGAGGCCAGGAGCCGGAGUGCGGAGGAGCUGAGGCGAGCGGAGCUGGUGGAGAUCAUCGUGGAGACCGAGGCGCACACCGGCGUCAGCGGCAUCAACGUGGCCGGGGGCGGCAAAGAAGGGAUCUUCGUCCGCGAGCUGCGCGAGGACUCGCCGGCCGCCAGGAGCCUCAGUCUGCAGGAAGGUGACCAGCUGCUGAGCGCCCGCGUGUUCUUUGAGAACUUCAAGUACGAGGACGCGCUCCGCCUGCUGCAAUGCGCCGAGCCGUACAAGGUCUCUUUCUGCCUGAAGCGCACCGUGCCCACCGGCGACCUGGCACUGCGGCCCGGUACCGUGGCUGGCUACGAGAUCAAGGGCCCGCGGGCCAAGGUGGCCAAGCUGAACAUCCACAGUCUGUCCCCUGUGAAGAAGAAGAAGAUGGUGGUGGUGCCCGGGGCCCUGGGGGCCCCUGCAGACCUCGCCCCCGUUGACGUCGAGUUCUCCCUUCCCAAGUUCUCCCGUCUGCGUCGGGGCCUCAAAGCCGAGGCCACCAAGGGGCCGGUUGCAGCUGCUGCCCCUGCCCGCCGGCGCCUCCAGCUGCCUCGGCUGCGUGUCCGCGAAGUGGCCGAGGAGGCCCAGGCAGCCCGGCUGGCCGCCGCCGCUCCUCCCCCGAGGAAGGCCAAGGUGGAGGCAGAGGCUGACGCAGGAGCUCGGUUCACGGCUCCCCAGGUGGAGCUGGUUGGGCCUCGGCUGCCAGGUGCCGAGGUGGGUGUCCCUCAGGUCCCCAAGGGAACCCCCUCUGCAGAAGCUGCCAGCGGCUUUGCCCUCCACCUGCCCACCCUUGGGAUAGGAGCCCCGGCUGCACCUGCUGUGGAGCCCCCACCCGUAGGGAUCCAGGUCCCCCAAGUGGAGCUGCCCAGUCUUCCCUCUCUACCCACUCUGCCCACACUUCCAUGCCUGGAGACCAAGGAAGGCGCCGCGGCAGUAACGGUGCCCACCCUAGACGUGGCAGCACCAUCUGUCGGGGUAGACCUGGCCUUGCCAGGCUCAGAGGUGGCAGCCCAGGGAGAAGUGCCCGAGGUAGCCCUGAAGAUGCCACGCCUCAGUUUCCCCCGUUUUGGGGCACGCGGAAAGGAAGCUGCCGAGGCCAGGGCAGCCAAGGGAAGCCCCGAAGCCAAGGCAAAGGGCCCCAGACUUCGAAUGCCCACCUUUGGGCUCUCUCUCCGGGAGGCCCGUCCCUCCAGCCCCGAGGCUGUGGCUGCUGAUGGCAAAAUGAAGUUGCCCACCCUGAAGAUGCCCUCCUUUGGCAUCGGUGCGGCGGCGCCUGAGGUCAGGAAGACGUCCAAAGGGCCCGGGGUCACCCUUCCGGAUGUGCAACUGCCGGAGUUACAGCUCCCAAAGGUGCCUGAGGUGGCUGUGCCACAGGUUCGGAUCCCCGACGUGCAGCUGCCCAAAGUCCCUGACAUGGCCGUGCCCGACGUCCACCUCCCAGACGUGCAGCUGCCCAAGGUUCCGGAGAUGAAGCUCCCCAAGAUGGCCGUGCCCGACGUCCGACUUCCGGACGUGCAACUGCCCAAGGUUCCGGACAUGAAGCUCCCCAAGGUGCCCGAGAUGGCCGUGCCCGAUGUCCGACUUCCGGACGUGCAACUGCCCAAGGUUCCGGACAUGAAGCUCCCCAAGGUGCCUGAAAUGGCCGUGCCCGACGUCCGACUUCCGGAAGUGCAACUGCCCAAGGUUCCGGACAUGAAGCUCCCCGAGAUGGCCGUGCCCGACGUCCGACUUCCGGAAGUGCAACUGCCCAAGGUUCCGGACAUGAAGCUCCCCGAGAUGGCCGUGCCCGACGUCCGACUUCCGGAAGUGCAACUGCCCAAGGUUCCGGAGAUGAAGCUCCCCAAGAUGGCCGUGCCCGACGUCCGACUUCCGGAAGUGCAACUGCCCAAGAUUCCGGACAUGAAGCUCCCCAAGGUGCCCGAGAUGGCCGUUCCCGACGUCCGACUUCCGGAAGUGCAACUGCCCAAGGUUCCGGAGAUGAAGCUCCCCAAGAUGGCUGUGCCCGACGUCCGACUUCCGGAAGUGCAACUGCCCAAGGUUCCAGAGAUGAAGCUACCAAGGAUGCCCGAGGUGGCCGUGCCCGACGUCCGACUUCCGGACGUGCAACUGCCCAAAGUGUCAGAGCUUCGGCUGCCAGAAAUCCAAGCGCCACCGGUCCCCGACGUGCACCUUCCCACGGCCCCCGAAGUGCAGUUGCCCAAAGUCCCCGAAGUGCAGCUAAAAGCUAUUGGGCCAGAGCAGACAGAAGGGGCAGGUUCUAGUUUCAAGAUAUCCAUGCCCACCAAGCUGGGGAAGGUAGGCGCGCCAGGCCAGGCAGCAGCAGGUGCUGAGUUUGCAGCCAAGCUUGUGACCCUGCCCCGUGGGCAGCCAGACCUGGGCCCUGAGGCUCGUGGGGGUGUCCCCUCCCUGACCCUGCCCUCCGUGGAGCUAGACCUGCCUGGGGCCCUGGGCCUGGAAAGGCAGGUUCAAGCGGGCAAGGUGGUGCAGCCAGAGGGUGCCAAGGUGGCAGCAGGUGUUGGAGAGGCAGUCUUCAAGGUGCCCUCCGUGGAGAUUGUCACUCCACAGCUGUCCACGACCGAAGUUGAGGAAGGACAGGUAGAGACGGUGGAGCUGAAAGUCAAGCCCUCCUCCAAGUUCUCCCUGCCCAAAUUCGGACUCUCGGGGCCAAAGUUAGCCAAGACUGAAGUGGAGGGAUCCGGGAGAGCCACCAAACUGAAGGUGUCCAAGUUUGCUGUCUCACUCCCCAAAGCUCGAGCAGGGACUGAGGCCAAGGGGCCAGAGGAUGAGGGCCUUCUCCCUGCCCUCGAUCUGUCCAUCCCACAGCUCAGCCUGGAUGCCCAUCUACCCUCAGGCAAGGUGGAGGUGGCAGGGGCUGAUGGCAAGUUCAAAGGGCCCAAGUUUGCUCUGCCCAAAUUUGGGGUGAAAGGCCGCGACUCUGAGGCUGGAGAACGAGUGGCCAGGGAGGCUGAGUUGGAAGGAAAGGGUUGGGGCUGGGAUGGGAAGGUCAAGAUGCCCAAGCUCAAGAUGCCCUCUUUUGGGUUGGCCCGAGGGAAGGAAGAAGUUCCGAGCGGCCGUGUUAGCCCUGGGGAAAAACUGGAGGCCAUAGCGGGACAGCUUAAGAUCCCUGAGGUGGAGUUGGUCACUCUGGGGGCUCAAGAGGGAGAGGAGGCCAUCAGCGUAGUCCAUCCGUCAGGCCUUCAGGUGUCUGUACCCAAGCAAGCGGGCACAGAGGGCCAGGAGGGGUUGUUGAGGGUGCCUACACUGGGCAUCUCGUUGCCCCAGGUGGAACUGGCCAGCUUUGGAGAGGCGGGCACGGGGACGGCGACCCCUCCGGCAGACAGCACAGCAGUUUCCAGAGUCCAGGUGCCACAGGUGACCUUGGAGCUGCCUGGAACCCAGGUGGUGGGUGGUGACCUGUUAGUGGGCGAGGGGGUCUUCAAGAUGCCCACAGUGACAGUGCCUCAGCUUGAGCUGGACGUGGGGCUGAAUCACGAGGCACAGGCUGGCAAGGCAGCUGCAGAUAAGAGCGGGCUGAAGUUGCCCACCGGGGAGGGGGCUGAGCACCAGGACCCGGGUCCCGAGCGCACCUUCCACCUCUCCAUGCCAGAUGUGGAGCUCUCACCGCCUGCUGUGGGCACUCACGCUGAGUACAAGGUGGCAGAGGGGGAAGGGGACGCGGGACACAAGCUCAAGGUUCGGCUGCCGCGGUUUGGCCUGGUGCGGGCCAAAGAGGGCGUUUCGGAGGGGGACAGGGCCAAGAGCCCAAAGCUCAGGCUGCCUCGAGUGGGCUUCAGCCAAGGUGAACAGGCCCUUGAGGAAGGGUCCCCCAGCCCUGAAGAGGAGGAAGAGGGGGGUGGAGAAGGGGCCUCAGGACGCAGGGGCCGAGUCAGAGUCAGAUUGCCCCGAGUAGGCCUGGCUGCACCUUCUAAAGCCUCCAGAGGACAAGGCGGUGAAACAGCCUCCAAGUCUCCAGUUGGGGAGAAGUCACCCAAAUUCCGUUUCCCUCGGGUCUCCCUGAGCCCCAAGGCCCGGAGUGUGAGUGGAGACAGGGAAGAGGGAGGAUUCAGGGUCCGGCUGCCCAGUGUGGGGUUUUCUGAGGCAGGAGCUCCAGGCCCCACCAGGAUGGAAGGGGCCCAGGCUGCUGCCAUCUAAAGCCCAGAGCAGAUAGGGGCUCACUUCCUGCCUUCCCAUCCUCCUGUUUCUCCCCCCACCCCAAUUUUGUGUGUGAAGUAACUAGCACUAACCCUCAGAGGGCGACUGGUGGCGGGCAGAGGCUGGAGGCCUACCACUCUCUUCAUUGGCAAAAGUGCC